CAGGAGAUGACCAGAGACUGCGGACAGCACAGCGCUGACCAGAGACUGCGGACAGCACAGAUGACCGCUGACCAGAGACUGCGGACAGCACAGAUGACCGCUGACCAGAGACUGCGGACAGCACAGAUGACUGCUGACCUUUGGGGAGGUGGGGAGCGGGUACCUGAAUUUGACAGGUACCCGCUCUUACUUCCGCAGUUGUUCUUUGAUCUUACCUGUUCCUCGAUCCAGCCGUGCGCUGUCUUCCCGGCUUCUGUAAUGGCGCUCGGCAUGACAGCCGGGUGCCCAGUGCGCAUGAGCGAAAAGCACUUGCACUUUGUGAUUGGUCCGGCGGCUUCUGGGAUCUGUCAUGUGUCC